AUGACGAGGUUUGCGGCGCCGCCCCCUGCUUCGAAGAAGCGCUCUCGCAAGAGCCAGCAAGACAAGGCGGCGUCAGGCCAGAAAAAGACGCCGGCUGCGACCGUGACGGGCGAGGUACUGGACGAUGAAAGCCUAUUUGCUGCGUGCAAGGCUCCGAGCGAGGGGGUGCAGGCGUCGUUGCCGCUGGCGGUAGGGCCUGCCGUGAACCGCAACGACGUUGUGGCCGACGAAAAACGCCACGCACUGCCCUCCGGUGUGGAAGCCUCAGCAAAGGCAAGUAAGGGCCCUAAGGGCGGCAAAAGGGAGAAGGUCAAAACUACAAAGGGUAACGAUACAGGUAAGGCGAGUAUGUUGUCUGGCACGCCGCCAACAACGGGGAGGGAGAAGCUGCGGCCAAAGGCAUCCAAUACGAAACCCACCAAGGCUAGGCUUAGCGAAUCCAGUGAGGCGACUGUAGUAGCAGAACCGGAGGAGUUUGGCCUCCGCAGCAACGAGAAUAGGAACAACGUUGAGUCCUCGUCACAUCCACAGGCAUCAGAGACAAAAAGUAGAUCUUCUGUGAUGCAGAUUGUGGAACAUGAUAUCUCUGAGCUACUGAUGGAUGGGAUGUGCCAUGUAAAAGGAGCUUCAAAAGUAACGCCUUUGCGUGUUUUGCUCGCCUCUGGUGACAACUCGGGGAACAUUACUGGUCGUAGUGAUGAACAGAGGAAUAGCAACAAAGUUUCGAGUGACACCUGCCGCGUUACUGAGAACUCUUUUUCUAUGAAGGAGGAGGAAACACCGGAGAAGCCACUCUCCAUGCGAUAUUCAGUUAUGCCUCCCCUGACCGUUCCGAGAAAUGGAAGAAAGAAGCAGACGGAGGAGAAGGGCACGGUGUCAAAAUAUUUCUCUACCUCUACAUCACGUGCAUCGUCCGCACCGUCUGUAAGCUUGAGCUGUGAAGUUUCAUCGACUGCCAAUUCAGAUGGAAAGGCGUCUGUCAGGCGAAGUGCACAUUCAUCCCUUGAAGAAGCUUUAGGUGGUUUGUUGCCAAACAACUUUUUGUACCCGACCCGACAACUUCUCACUCGAAGUUUGGCAUCGGCGGCUGAGAAGGAACGUACCGCGACAAUUGUUUUUGACCUUGACGAAACGCUGUGUAACAACCGUCAACAUGGUCCGGCGAUACUUCGCCCUGGCGCUGUUGAGAUGCUGAGGCACCUUAGGUCCUUAUACCCGCAUCCGGUACUACACGCGGGUGAACCACUGAUGGAAUCCACCGGUACUAAGUCUUCCACCCAGGGAGUGGUGAGUGGAAAAUGCGGCGGUGCUGGGAGUGGCUGUUUGUCGGCAACAGAAACCCCUCCAGAGGACGGUGUUAUGUUGCGACUGGAGAUAAUAAUCUGGACAGCAAGUGUAGAAGUGGUUGCUCGGCCUGUUAUCGCCCGCCUGGACCCUGACGGCACCAUUCUCGACGAUGUCAUCUACCGUGAUGUGCGCUGGUACCGUGAUGGAGGGUAUACGAAGGACCUACGCCGUAUCGGGCGUCAUCUCGAGCGUAACAUUAUUGUGGAGAAUGCGCCUUCAUGUGUUUGUAUGAAUCGACGCAAUGCCAUUCUUGUGAAUGACUUUGUCAACAAUCCAGCCGACCGGCAACUCGUCAUUGUCCGCGCCAUACUGCAAGAAUGGCUUGAUAAUGUUAACACACUGCUCGUGCAUUGGAAGUUGCGCCAGACUGAACAGAAGCGACACCGUAUGGUACAAGAUGGCGGGGAGAGUCCUGAGCCUGAUCAGCCUUUAGUUACACCUCUUACACAGGCCGGCUCAGCGCAAAGCUCCGCUUCGAGAAGCAAAGCAGAGGUUUCUCUUUCAACAUCCACCCAUGGCGGGGAGGUUGUAUUACAGGAGCUGGAGCAGAAGGCCUCCGCGAUUCAUUUCCUCACGAAUCACCCACUCAUUUCACCGGGAACGCGCUAUGUGAAGCCGUCUGCCUGGAAAAAGGCUGCGAGGUAUCUCAAUGGCAGCGGAGCUGCCACCGCAGUGACAAAGUCUUUGACGGCAGCAGCAGCCGCAUCCCCGAGAGGAAGUGCUGGGGGACGAAGUUGGCAGGAACAGUCACCUACCACCCUGACUCGUCCAGUGGUUAUUGCAAAACCGCGCGGGCACCGCUUGUUUGUCGAUAUGGCGCGUGGGCCUCGUGAAUCACGCCAGUGA